UGGCUAAACCCCCAACAAUCUCUAGCUCUCAGUAGCGACAUCGCAAAUUUAUCUAAAUUGCUCCAAGUUCACAAUCACUCAUGCAAAAAAGCGGAAACAUGGUAAAAGCCGGCCGUGGUAAUAAAAGUCAUGUUUUUGAGUUUUCCGCUCAGCGGAAGCAGUGUUAUGCCAGAAAUUUUCGCCAGUAUCUUUGGUGUGUAAAAAAAAGUAGUUAAGCUCGUGGUGUGCGUUAGCUCUAAUAUUAAAUUUGUGUUUACACGCGGCACUAGCAGUGCGGAGCCAAGAACGGUGGUAUUCCUGAUUUAAACAUCUGUGCGACGUGAGGCGAAUUUCAUAUUAUUGUGAUCGAUUCUGAUCGCGAAGAAAACCUGCGAGGAAGGAAAACGACCAAUAGAUAGAAACAAAUGUACCAAAGUUUCACGGCAGUAUAAGUAGCAGACGAUUUUCUAACGUGUGAUAAUAAUGACCGAACAAAACGAUAAAAGAGCAAUUAAAAUGCAAGAUAUGUACAUAUCCCCAGGAAUCUCAAGAGAACGGAGUUUCAUAAGAACUUCCAAUCAACAGGUAAUGGAUAUGAACGCCAACAAACGACGCAGUCUAGCGUUCAGCCAAAGCCAGGCAAUGCAACACGCCCAACAGCAGCAACAGUUGCGUGGUAAGCCACCGCUGGAAAUCUAUCGUCCGCCAAAUGUUCGUCUGGAUGGGCUUCCGAAUCACAACAAUAAACUAAAUGUACAUGCUCAGGAGUUCCAGAUGAAUAACAUGACUGACAACCGCAUACCACUGCAGAAUUCCCGAUCAAUCAAUAUCUACAGUAAUUCUCUGCAACAAUCGAAGUCAAAUCUUGGUAUGCAAUUGAAUCUACAUCCCCGGCCCCAUCAGAUGCAGCUGGGUAACAUCGGCAGUCCGCACCGUGGACCAAUAAUGAUGUCAUCCCACCCAAUGCAACACGUCGGAGUGCAGUUGCAAUCCUCCCACAUGCCGCUUGUUAAUUCACCGUCUAGCGGUAACAUUUUGCACUCAGGACCACGAGUAAAGUUUGCCCCGGAACCAAUACUCCACAGCGCGCACGCGAACAAUAGCUUCCAAUCCCAAAACGUCGUCCUCAACAACAGCAGCAACAAUUCUCAGCCAGCAAUGCUUCAAAGCAAUCAAAACAAUAGCUCGGUUAACAAUGCGAUGAACAUUACACCUCUGCAGCGUUCCAAAUCGCUUUCGUCGGCCGAUACCCUGACACGUGGCCUGGCUGGUUUGGGACUUGCUGUUGGUCCCGAGGCAAACGAUAUUGGCCAGUUUCCACCGGAAAUACAGAUCAUAGUCCAAAAAGCGGCGGAAGAUCCCAAUCAGCUGAACGCCCGCUGCCUGAUGGAGCUGGCAACACAGUUGAUGCACCGAGCAGUCGAUGGGCGAAGAUUUGCGUUACCCAUCUCUCGGUUAUGCAUCACAAUAAUCGCAAAAGAAGCAAAAGAGACAUUUUUAGAAGCCCUGCUGAACACUUGCCGUCAAUGGUAUCAAGAGCGUGACAAGGUGUUGGGGCCAGUAAUAAACAUUAAAAAUCCAGCGCGGCCGCGCUUCACGGCCUUCAUGGCUUUCCUGACGGAAAUGUUCUGCCAGUUGAAACGUCGUCAAUUGCAGCUUCGCACGGAAUGCGAUGGCGUUCCCCCACCGUUGGUGCUGUUAACCGUGCUGGGCAAAUGCUGUGAGGAUUGUGUCAAACCGCCCGUUCGAUCGCUUUCCGAGAUCGAAUGUCUUUUCUUCGUUCUGACAUGCAUUGGAAGAGAUCUGGAAAUGCAUCUACCACAACAGCUGGAAACGCUACUGGCCGCGGUUCGUGAUGCAUUCCUGAAUUCUUCUGCCUCAGCUCCAGCAAUACGCCGCACGCUGCUGCAGUUGAUUGAACUACAGGCAUCCCGAUGGCAACUUCCGGGCAACACUGUGCUUUACUAUUACCCAUCAUCGAAGUAAACUUCAGGGUAACCAACGCUGUCAACUAGCAAGAAACGUCACUAAGCUGUUUAUUAAACCUAAAUCACCGGAUGAUUUGAUGGUCUGCCAGUCUGGUUGGAUAAAGCACACGAAGUUUCCUGUCGUUACCUUUUUGUCUCGAGAUUACCACAAUCGUUAUUACACUAACCCCGCAAAGAUGUUGGAGAAUGGAGAACUUUUUGUCGAACAAAAUAAAAACGAACGAAACCCUCUGGAAGCGAAGAAUACAUUGUUACAUAAAACGACACGAUCAGACUACAUUCCAUCAAAACAAAACAAAAAUGUUGACUAACCUUCCAAGGGCAGUAGCUAAUAACGUUUAUUUGUCGUUGCUAAACGGCAUUUAUUCUGAUUAUUAAUUAUACUUAUUUUUCGAACCCUUGAAAAUAUGUAGUUAUAAAAUAAAGUCGUAAUUUCUCAGAAUUUGAUACGAAACGAUAUGCAUUAUUUGCAAGUUUGAUAAAAGCUCAGUUUUUUGAUGGAAGUAAUCUAGACUAAAAAUGCAUACACUGUAUAUCAUCAAAAAAAGUAAACUAGUCAUUUAUUAUUAUUCUUUAGCGUAGAGUUUAAAGUGCGCUAUCAAAUAUACAUUUGUCAUGAUAACGGUACUCAACACUGACUGACUAACAUCCUCGUUUUGCAUCGCUUUCGUAGUUUAUAUAACGCACAAGACAAACGCACUCAAUAAAAGCAACAAUGGCAAAAAACGUGCUAUAAUCGAUGCACCAGCUGCAUUGAAAGGCAAUGGGCCCGAACAGGGGUCUAGACUAUAUAACAUUAACUUAUUUAAUUUAUUUCAUACGCAUGGUUUGGCUAAUCGGGUAAAAGCGGAACAAUCUAAAGUCAGCAGUUAGCUUAUGAUUAUGAUUAUGAUGAUGAUGAUAACAAAUACCAUGUGCUUCUAAUGGCGCAAGGUAUCUUGACAAAGUAUGUAAAGGCUUUUGAUUGAUGGAAAGAUGUGUUACAUAAUUGCAUGGGAAGUAUUCACAGCGCUGAUUUUAUGAAACGGUUAUGCUCCAAAGAGGUAAUUCAAUUGUUGCAAGUUAUAUUGUUUCCGCUUUAAAACUAUCACCUGAACACAAUACAGACUAGCUUGUGUAGUUACAUAUGUGUCAUAGAAUUUUUUAAUAAAUUAUCAUUUGUUGGCAUUGA